AUGACUGCUUGGGGCCUUCUCCUGGCGCUCAUGGCCUUGUGUGCUCUGCCUUGGUCCGAAGCUCUUCAUUUCACUCCGGAAGCUGCGAAUGAUACCCUGCGCAGUGUAUAUGACUACAUCAUCGUUGGCGGAGGUACCGCUGGGCUGACUCUUGCCAACCGCCUUUCUGAGAACUCAUCUGUUUCCGUCCUCGUACUCGAGGCUGGUCCUCUGGACGAUGCCAGAAACCUCACGAUCCCGAAGGGUCUACUCCCUGUCCCAGGAUCGGAAAAAUUCAAGGCGAAUGUCUCCAAGGAGGAUGCCGAUGCACUUCGCAUCCAUCCUGAGUUGUCUAUGCACGGAAGCAAUGGCUCAGUUCACGUCUCGUAUCCUCGAUACUUCUACAACCAAUCAACAAAUGUGCUUGACGGAUUCUCAGAGCUCGGCAUACCCAUCAUUGACGACCCAAACAACGGGACGGCCGCAGGAGCAAUGCUUCUCCCAUCGAGCAUGCAUCCCACCAACCAAACAAGAUCAGAUUCCAGAGAGGCUCACUUCAACUCGGCGAAUCACAGGUCUAAUCUUCACGUUGCUACAGGACAGACUGUUACGCGCCUCAUUUUGGAGCCCUUUAACCGAUUCACGGGCAGUCGGCGUGUCGCUGGCGUAGAGUUUGCGGAGAAUGAAAAGGCAAAGAAAAGAACCGUUGUCUGCAAGAGAGAGGUCAUUGUAUCUGCUGGAGCCAUCUUCUCCCCAACUCUACUUCAGGUCUCGGGCAUCGGGCCAUCCAAAACCCUCGAAUCUCUUAAUAUCCCCGUCGAAAUCGACUUGCCUGGUGUUGGGUACAAUCUACAGGAUCAUCCGAUGAUAUACGCUACCUAUUACUACCGCAAUUCUUCCCUCUUCAGAAGCGACGCAAUCAUUGGCGAAGUAUAUGACCAGAAAGAUUUCGUCGACGACAAGAGUUCAGGAGAGGCCGUUCCUGAAGAUGCCCCUCCAUCAGUCAAGAUUGGCUACGAAUUGCAGAAGGAGGUUCUUCGAGAACAAGUCCUCAGUAAUGACAUGGGGAUAUUCGAAACAAUGGCCAACUCCUGGGGCCAGCUUACUGUCGCUGCUCAAAAGUCCUUUUCCCGUGGCACUGUCCGACCUUCGACCUCUUCAAUCUUCGAUCCACCUCUUCUCGACCCACGAUACUGCUCCGACCCCAUCGACUGCGAGAUCAUUGUCCUUGGACUUCAGCUAAACAUGAAGCUCCUCGAGACAAAGGCCAUGAAGGAACUCAUGCCACAGCCGUACACCGCGUUCAACACGACAGAUCAUGACAAGUUGAUGCGGGAGGUUUUAAAAGGACUCACCACUGAGAGGCAUCCAUCUGGAACUGUCGCCAUGAUGCCUCGAGACAUGGGAGGAGUUGUGGACCCUGAGCUGAGAGUGUAUGGAACAUGCAAUCUGCGUGUUGCCGACGCCAGCAUCAUGCCGCUGAUCCCUUCGGCUCAUCUCCAGGCCGUUGUCUAUGCCAUUGCUGAAAAGGCGGCAGACAUGAUCAAGGCGACAACUCCAGACUGCCCACAUGGGCCGUUUCCCCCAAAGCCUCGACCAACCGACUGA